GUUUCGAAGAGUUCGUUCAAGUUGACUUCAGCAGCCAACAUUAAUAUUAGUACAACUUGUACAGCGACAUGGGCGCCUACUCCCACUUUCCAGUCGACGGCCCGGCCCCGAUAUUUGUGAUAAGGCGUGAUGCAGGUGAUUGGUAUCAUAACUCAUGAUCUUGCUGUGCAGCCCGUGGUUUCCAAGACUUCUCGAAUUCUCGUCAUCUCAACAGUUUUCAAUCAAGACUCUCUUCGAGAUGCUGACUUCGAGGACUCAUAGGGAUCCAUAUGGAACCUGGAUAAUUAUUUAACACGUGGGAUGAGACAAAGAUAACCGGAGGGCCGUAGAGGGCCGCAGUCAAUAUCAUCCGAAGAGUCCUUCUUGGUCCAUACCUUCGACAUAUUCCUUUUGAUUGACGAACAUCAUGUCCAGGACGAUGUAUACUUCAGGCCAGCGCGCGCCUGGGCACCGACGACAACGAUCAAGAACUUCAAGUGACCCCGGGCAGCCGUACGUGGCACCGCCAUUCAAAACGGGGUGGCCUGCACCAGCGCGCAGGACGACGGAGCCUAUGAAUGCCCCCCACCGGACCCCCUCACGGAACUCGUCCGUAGAACGUGCGGGGGACCCAUUUGUCCCCUCACCAGGGUCUCUGCUUGCACAGAUGGAGGUGCGCUCUCCGAUGAACCCUUCCGGUCCAAUAUCCGCGGGUCCUAUCUCACCGUCACAACAUUAUCGGAGCUCUUCCAGACAGAGUAGCUUGUCUCAGGUCCCCCUGAUACAGGAUGUACCUCAGCCGCCUAGAACGGCACUCAACACGCCUCCGGUGAUGCCCACACCGCAGGUAGCCCCUUCUUAUGCCCCAAGCUUCCCUGUUCCCCAGCCAAAUUCCCCAGCCUUCACUUCACCAUAUCAGCAACCAUACUUCCAUGGGACGGAACACCAGGGUUCCAGCCACAGCGUCCGCCAGGGUGUGAAUCAGGGUGUGAAUACAGCCCAGAAUACACGUCCAGCCGCACACUCAGGCACGCAGAAUGCACACCAUGGCAUGCAGCAAAAUAGCUUUCAUAACAGUCAUAACGGCUCCUAUCAUAGUACACAUCAUCGUUCUCGUUCUCAUUCGCGCCCUCCAAGUGCAGCAUCGCACAGAUACGCGUCAAAUGUCACCCAGCCUAUGUAUGGUCAUGGUAGUUCUGCCACUCCAAAUGGAUCGCGCACCUCUCUCAAUGGUACCCCUCCCAAGAACCAGUUAGUGGCUGCUGCACUCAGUCAUCAGAAUGUGUCACCCCCUGACGUGACCUCUCCCUUGAAUCGCCCUUCACUCAACUCAGUCCCAUCAGGCAGCCGUUCACGACCUUACGGCCGCACAGUCCCUGCUCAACCGGCACAUACGUCAAGAAAACAAGAGGCUCAUCCCAAGCCACCCCCUCCUAUUCCCGCAAAGCAGCUUCACCACAUGACGCCGCUGCCAAAUAUGCCAGCUGGACAAAUGCAGACUCGCUAUGUAAACAUGCUUUUGGCACUUGAUGAUAUCCCACCAUUGUUCAACAUGAUGGCAUCUUUCUUCACGUGGAUCUUGCUUGCGGGAUUCGUCUUGUUCCCCGGAACAUUCACGUCUUUACAACAGCAGCAACUCAGCGGUGUGGAAGCACAAGUGCUGAAUGCGAUAACUAAUAUACCGCUUUAUAUCAUUGCAUGGAUUUGUACCGGUAUUGGUGGCAUCGGUAUGAUUUGGUUGUGGUGGAAAUGGCAAAAAAAUUAUAUCUGGAUUGUGAAUCGUAUCUUUGUGCCUGGCCUACUCAAUUCGCUCGCUGGUGUCAUCUCAGUGCUUUCCAAUAUCUACGGCGUACAGCAUGGAACAUACAGCACAACAAGCGAGUCAGCACUUAUCGUAACGGUUGCGGUUGCAGUCGUGUGUGGAUGCCUUGUUUUCCUGUAUCAGGUCUGGUUGCUGGGAAAUAUCAAGAAAGAACAUGACAGAGAAGUUGGUGUUGAGCAUGCUGGAGACCAUGGCGAAGGAAUCCUGGGGAAUGAGAGGAAGAAGUGAAGGGGAAUGUGAAGUCAAUUAUGGACAUCUGAUGGACAUUGGUUAAUUACGAGUUGUCGGGAUUUUAUGAGACUCACUUGGUUGUAGGCUAAUACGAGACUGCUAACAAUCCGCGAAGUUAGUUUUUCAGAUGAGCGCUUCGUGCACAUUGCAUAUACCGGUUUUGUUCACAUCC